CAAGGAGUUCUCAUUCGGGAGUUCAUUCUGAAGGAAUUUGUCUCACUCAUUUAAGUGCUUCCUCCCGCCAGAGACAUGGUGUUUUUGGAUGGAGCACCUGGACAUCAGCCGGGUGGGCCUGUCCAAGAAGAGCAGUCUCCAUUGUUUGACGACGAUGGGCCGGAGAUCGAAAAAGAAGCCCAUCCCAGGAACCUUCCGAGGCUUGUGGGUGAGCUGCCCUCAGACCGGACAGCAAGGCGGCGAGCGCUUGAGAGCCGCCUCCGCAUCGCACAUGCCAAGGUUGGAAUGAUCAUAGAGAAACCGAUGCUGCAUGGGAGGUGUGCCAUUCUUGGCCUCAUGGUAUUGGCCCUCAUCCGGACUGCAGCUGUGCUCCAAGGAAAUGUCCCUGGAUACUCGGUCUAUGCAAUGCAUUUUCUCACAACUUCGUCUGACAUCAUUUGCGUGAUUUGCAGCAUUCCAUUGUUCACUUUUGGCACACGAGGAACUUGUGUGCAGAAAGGAUGUUUGGGGCCCAUGCUUACUUUGGUCUUUGCCAUGUCCCUAGUAGACUACAGUGCCUUCGGUGCGUACAUGCUGGUUGCCACCCCUCGACCUUUGGCUCCUGGAUCCCGAUCGGUUGUGGAUGUCCUGGAAGCCAUGGUUGGCGUUUGGGAGUGGGCAUUGUUGGCUUCCGUGGCAUUGCAAACUGCGCUGUGCGCAUCCAGCUGGCGUGUGUAUCGAGCACUGCGAAUGGCCGGGCUCUAUGCGCCAGAGAAGCCCUCUGACGUCGCGAGAGACAGACAGAAGGACAUCUCCGUACUUGAGAUUAUCUGUGAGGCGGAGGAUAUUGACAGCUUAGAGCAGAUGGAGUUCAAUUGCUGUGUGAAGGGCGAAGAUGGGGAAGCCGAGACAGAGGUGGCGAUUGCGUCGGAGAAGUCUCACGGGACCCUGAGCACUAGCUACGGCUGAGUGGAUCAAUGAGGUGUUUAACCUGUUUAACCUGUUUUUUGUUUCGGAGGUGGUGAGGUGAGGUGGUGAAAAUGUGCGAAAAGCACAAACAACG